CUAUCAAUCACCUAUUAUUUACUUUGUAUCCUAGAUGGCUCCUUCUAUAUGAUAAUUCACAUCCUUCUACUUCAAUUGGCGUACUGUUCUCUCACGAAAAGGCUUUGAGAUGUUGUACAGCGCCUCCGAUCUUAACAGGCGACGAGGCAGACAUGGUCGGGAGAUCGACACCCCUACCGCCACCGCGCACCCCCGUCGAAGAAGAAGAGCAAAUCGGAUCAACCUCGUCGCACCGCUUGCUGCAGUUAUCGCAGGAGCUCAAAGCGGAGGCCAUGUCCAUCGCGCACCGGUUCUCGCAGGACCUCACCAAGCGGUUCGACUGCACCCACAGCCGCGAGGAUGGGCAGCGGCAGCAGCCGUCGGCGGGCAUCGAUGCCGCGCGCACCGCGUGCCGGCGGCGUGUAGCUCGACCGCACGCGCUCUGGCGCGCAAAAGGUGUUGCCUGGCCUCCGUUCAUCAGCAGCAACAACGCCUGGAUGGAGGUGCAGGCGAACUUUGACCACCUCAACUACGACGGUUUCAUCAGCAGCAUUGGAUUGGGCAGAGCUGUUAGGAAUCUGUGCGUUGGUGGCAUUAGCCCAUCGGUUUCAGAGGAAGAGCCAGAGGAUAUCUUAUCACCAUUAGAUAGAGUAAAAGAAGCGCCAACAGACAUCUUUGACAUCAGUUCUAUUUAAUUUAUUUGGCAAAUUUAGGUCUUCUAAGACUUCCUCAAUUCUUUGAACAAUAAAGUCUUUUAGAAGAGAUGACUCCCUUAGAACCCGUAGAUGAAUUCCUUAAGUAUCAGAGCUCCGAUUCCAAAGCUUCGAUUCUAUCUGCUUCUGUGUUCUGGUGAUUUUUUCUACAAAUAAUCAUUCCCUCAUGUCUAAUCUAAUCUGGAUUAGUACCACUAUCAAAUACGAUUUGGUUGUUCUGUGGAGAAGGAGAUUCCUUUGGUUUUGGUUGCUUGCCCCAGCGGUACGGUCUCAUUAGAGCUAGUCUGGGCCGCAAUUUUCACAGAGCCGGACAAAAAGUAGGCCCGGAGGGUGCAUGGUUGCUGUGGGCUGUGCUGUCACUGACCAACUAGUCCGGCCCUCGUUACUUGAUGGGUUUGCCCAAAAUCGACUGAGACUUGCAGAAUCAUGUGUGAGGCGAGAUUUAGCUUAGAAGCUAGCAUUUGCGUCUGCAGCAUAUGCGCCAGCAUGGUAUGGAUUCAAUCACCUUUGGUGUAUGUAUAAUUAAACUAACAUUUUUAUGUUUCUACAUGCAUUUGCUUCAUUUUGCAAAUGAAGCUCUCACAGGCUCUUACAAGUCAGGGAGUCAGACUCAUAUAGAAUAAAUGGUUAUUUGACUUUAGUUAUGUAAUUGUAAUAGAUCGUAAACUUCUACGUUAUAGUUUGUUUAAAUAAUAUAAUAUAUGAUCGUAAAUUUUUACAUCA